CUGAGGAGCAGCAGCAGCAGCAGGUGGGGCUGCGCGGCCGAGGGGGCCCCUCCGGGAGAUGCCAUGAUGAGGGAGGUGCCCGGGGGCAGCAUGGCCCGCGGGGAGCGCCUGCCCGACCUGCAGGCCUUCGCGAGCGCCUCGUCCCUGCACGGGCUGAGCCACAUCGUCGCGCACGGCUCGCGCUCCUUUCGCCGCCUGCUGUGGGCGCUCGCCUUCGUGGGCUCCUUGGCGCUGCUGGCGCUGGUGUGCGCCGAGCGCGUCGCCUACUUCCUCAGCUACCCGCAUGUCACCAAACUGGACGAGGUGGCCGCGCCCAACCUCACCUUCCCCGCCGUCACCCUGUGCAACCUCAACGAGUUCCGCUUCUCCAAGAUCACGCGCAACGACCUCUACCACGUGGGCGACCUGCUGGCCCUGCUCGACGCGCGGCACGAGGUGGCCCAGCUGGGCGACCCCGAGAUCCUAGCGGCCCUGCGGGACAGGGCCAACUUCAGGGGCUUCAAGGCGCGCCCCUUCGACAUGGCCGACUUCUACAACCGCACCGGACACGACCUGGCCGAGAUGCUCUGGCAGUGCACCUUCCGAGGCGCCAACUGCAGCGCCAGCAACUUCACCGUGAUCUUCACCCGGUUGGGAAAGUGCUACACUUUCAACUCAGGGGCCCCCGGCCACGAACUCCUCACGACGGUCAAAGGCGGAACGGGAAAUGGUCUGGAACUGAUGCUGAACAUCCAGCAGGAUGAGUACCUGCCUGUCUGGGGAGAGACGGACGAGACCUCCUACGAAGCUGGGGUGAAGGUGCAGAUCCACAGUCAGAAUGAGCCCCCUUCCGUCGACCAGCUGGGCUUUGGCGUGGCCCCCGGCUUCCAGACCUUCGUCUCCUGCCAGCAGCAAAGGAUCUUCUACCUCCCCCCGCCGUGGGGCGACUGCAAAUCGAACCCCGUGGAGUCGGCCUUCUUUGCCAACUACAGCAUGGCUGCCUGCCGCAUUGACUGCGAGACGCGCUACCUGGCCGAGAACUGCAAUUGCCGCAUGGUGCACAUGCCAGGUAACGCCAAUCUCUGCACCCCGGAGCAGUACAAGGAGUGUGCCGACCCGGCCCUGGACUUCCUGGUGGAGAAGGACAAUGAGUUCUGCUCCUGCCAGACCCCCUGCGAGACGGUGCGCUACGGCAAGGAGCUCUCCGUGGUCAAGAUCCCCAGCAAGGCCUCGGCCAAGUACCUGGCCAAGAAGUACAACCGCAGCGAGCAGUACAUCGCGGAGAAUCUUCUGGUGCUGGACAUCUUCUUCGAAGCGCUGAACUACGAGACCAUCGAGCAGAAGAAGGCCUACGAAGUGGCUGGGCUGCUGGGGGACAUUGGGGGCCAGAUGGGGCUCUUCAUUGGCGCCAGCCUCCUCACCAUCCUGGAAAUCUUUGACUACCUGUACGAGGUGUUGCGGGACAAACUUCUCAGCUAUUACCAGGCGAGGAAGCAGGCGGAUCGCAGCAACAGCGACAACCUGGAGCACGCGGACCUCCCCCGCAGCCCAGGCACCCAGCUGCCUCCUCGCCCUCUCAGAGCACCUGCCACACGCUGUGCAGUCACUCGGACAGUGUUGGAUACACCCCGAACAUGCUACCUCGUCACCCGACUCUAGGCAACUUUGAGGAAUUCGCCUGCUGAAGGAAGGGGACCCCCCC